GCAACCAGUCCCUCUUCCAAGCUUCCUACUGCUACGCAGCUGGGUUUAGCCCUGGCUCUUUUCCUUCCUCUAAAAACAUCCUCUCACCUACUACUCUUCCCCUGUCCAACUCUCCCCUUUUUUCACCCGCACGGGUCUUACCUGAGAGUAUUUUCGAUUCGAUUUCGAAUUAUUUUCGGGAUUUCUGCGGCAGCCUUCGUCGAGUCUGGACGUCUCUCUCUCGCCUGAGCAUCAGUGACAAAUUUUCCCCGUUCUUACUGGGAUGCUUGUCCUCAUCUAUUUUGCCCGCCGGACACUACAGGAGGGGCACCUGUUCAUCAGCUUACUUUAGCCAGCUCCAUUUUUUCCGCUCUGCAGGAUAAUUCUUUAUCGGUCUUGAGUGGGAAGCCGGUUACUGAACUCUGGUGGAAAUGUGAGCGUCCGUCUCUGCUGGGGCUUGGCAAGGGCGUCCACGGGAUCUAAUUGGAAAGUUUCUAUCUCUGUUUACAAAGGAACUUUUGUUCCUUUUCUCUCAUCGCCCAGCCUUGGGCAACAAUUUUUCCUCGUACCAUCGAGAAGUCGGGCUUGGUAAGGCUGAUGCUGUCAGUGGCCCUGAUAAACCCAACAAAGAAAAAAAAAGAAAAAAAUAUGUUCAGAAACUUGCAUAUUUGUGAGGCAAGAGAAAAAUGAUAGCAGGUGCAAGAAGAAGGUUCUCCAGGGUAGUACUGGGAGUGUCUGGAGGAGUGGAUAGUGCAGUUGCUGCUCUACUACUGAAGAAAAAAGGUUAUGAAGUUUUGGGUGUAUUCAUGCGCAACUGGGAUGAGAAAGAUGAAAAAGGCCAGUGCACAGGAGAUGCUGAUGCAGAAGAUGCUGAAUGGGUUUGCCGAAAACUGGACAUUCCUUUCUAUGAAGUUAACCUUGUUAAAGAAUACUGGAAUGAUGUGUUUAUGUACAUGAUGGAGGAGUAUAAGGCAGGUUUUACACCUAAUCCAGACAUUAUGUGCAAUAAGAAGAUUAAGUUCUCACCCUUUCUCCAGCGUGCACGAAAACAGUUUAACAGUGAAGUUAUUGCAACCGGACAUUAUGCUCGAUCUUCCUUUGGUGAAGACCUCGAGAAUUAUGAUCCAUCGACCGAUGAAGCACUUGCAGCUCUUCAGUGGUUAGCUCUUCCCUGUGGUCCUCCACCAACUCAUCCACGUCCUCGUCACUCACUUCACAUCUAUGGGUACUAA